UAAUAUCAUGAGAGAGAGAUGCAGAUGAGAGCAAUUUUCCGAGACGCAGAGGAGAGCGAUGGAGAUACGCUGAAUAGAUUUCCAAUCGGUGUUUCUCAAACCUGGGAGAGCGACGGAGAGACGCAGAAGAGAUUUAUGAUCGGUGUUUUUCAAAUCUGGGAGAACGACAGAGAGACUUCCAACUCUCAUCUCAGGGAAGGUCCCAUAGCCGGAAUUAAGCAUGACCGAAAAAGUGUGUUCGGAUUCCUCGUUUCAGCAUCGCCAGGCAGCCAUGCUAUCCAUUUGUUGGUCUCCAGGCUGGAAACAAAGAGAAGAGUAGCGACGAUAAAGAUAUAUCAGAUUAUUAUGAUGUUAGGUAUUGAUGCAAAGAAGCUAAUGCUUGCUCUAACUGUUGGUCACUGAUGACUGAUGAGAGUUUAUGAUGAAGUCUCUGGAGUCCAUUUGUAAACCUAUUAUCGGCACUUCCAACUUGCCAAGUGCCAACUUAAUGGGGAUCAAGGUCCAGAAAAAACUCAAUCAGAAAACAAGACAUGACGAUGUGAAGGGAAGUAGCAGUUUUCAUCCAAAAAAGUGAAGGGAAGUAGCAGUUGGCUAUUCAGAAAAUACUAUGGAUAUAGAAAAUUAUGGCUUAGUUUAUUGUUGUAUAUCCUAUGAGGUUCUUUACAUCCUCUCAUUUCUUUUGGGAUAGAAUGGAAUUGAAUGUUUGAAUGGCAUUCUUAUCAACUUAGCAAUGAAAAGCUGGCCUUACUUCUCAUU